GGAGUAUAGUGACACGUGUCAAAGGGAGAGACGGCAUGAGAGAAUUAGAGGCAGGCAAUCUCCUAGAGCGAUAAGUUUGGGUAUGUGUGAGGGAGAGAGCACCUGGAAAUAAGCGAGAUGCGAAUCAGCAGAUGGAUAUUCAAGCUCGACUGGGAAGCGUAGCUUCUCAUCACUUUUUCUGGAUCACUCCAAAACGCAAACCUUCAUCAUCUUCUUCUUCUUCUUCUCGUUCUUCGCCAUUGAAACCUUUCUGCAACAAAAGAGGCUCCAAAGAACCCCAGCAAAACGGUGACAGUGGUGAUAAAUUCUCAACAGAUUGGGACAAGGCCUGGUCAAACAUCAAGAAGCAAAAGAAGAACAAGAAGAGCUUCUUCUCAAAAUUCUCUCCAAACAAGUAUGUGACCUGGGAUCCCAGGCCUUCUGAUUAUCCACCAUCUGAGGAAGUUGAUCCCAUCAAGAGGACAGAGAGGUCCAACCUUAUGUUAUGGACUAGCCCAAGGUUUACUCUAGCAGGAGCCAUUGUAAUUGUCACCUUCCUCUUGGUUUACACCAUUAUUGUACCAUCAAGGUAGUUAAUUUCUGUAUUACAAGAAAAUAAGGCCUCAUUUUUAUGUAAAUAACUAAAUGUAUGAUGGUUUGUUGAUGAGGAAACUGCUAUUUGGGGAAGCAAUUCUAAAUGUGACUUGUUAUGUAAGUAAGUCCAACUACUUGUUUAUUUCUUCA